UGAACACUUAGCAUUGUUGUUUCCAAUAUUGUAUCUCAUCAUAUACUAAGCAAUUAUAAGCAUAACAUAUCCCAUCUAUUACAUGCAUUGGCACCUGCCAAGUGAUUUGUUUUCACUUUUCAGGUGGCUCAACUGCCACAUAAGACGGCGCUGCCACAGAGAGAAGAGCAGUGAUGGAUCUUAGCUCAUAUAGGUGCUGCUUACUUGCAAUGAUUAUAUAGCUCACCACAUUAGUAGUGUCUUCAUAAAAUGGCUGCAUGAGCCAUCAUUCAAAUCCUUGAAUCCACACACCACUAUAAAAGGGUCAACUAGGAUACCCUUCCUUCUCUCAACUCGCAUGAUAAAAAAGAAACUAAGUCCCUUCUUCCCUCCAAUGGCAUCAAAGUUCUUCUUCACCUCUCUCACUUUGCUGGUUCUUUUCUGCUUGCUUCUUGUGAAAGACACUUCUGGUUUGUCAAUAAUCUUUUUCUUCUCGUUUCUGUCACAAACUUGGGAAGAAAAAAAAGAAGGUAUCAUUCAUAACAUGUUUUGUUUAAUGGCAGAUUAUUGCAAUGCUAAUAAGCAUGGAUGCUUUGAUGCUCAGGCAGCUGUUCUCAAGGAGAUUCGAAAUAGGAAGUUGGUGCAGGUGUUUUUUGCUUUCAAGGAUAAGAAAACAAGUCUGAAGGCUAUGCUGCAAGGAUCAUCAUCAUCAAGAAUGAUAAGAGAUGGUGAAAAAUCAGUGAGUUGGGAGCUGAGGAGGGUUCCUUCUGGUCCAGACCCACUCCAUCAUAACGGUGGCAUUGGCAACCCCAAGCCUCAAACCCCUUAACUUCAUAUAUAUAUAUAUAGUUCUGUUCUCUUGACCUAUUAGUUUUCUUUUUGUUAUCACUGUGAAAACUGAAGAGUGUUUAUCUACUUAGUAGCUAUAUAUAUAGUUUAAUCUGGGGAAAGAAAAAUGCAAUGUGUAGCAGUGAAGUUCUCUUACUUUGACAUGCACUAGAAUAUAUAUGUGUCAGCUUAGCUUGUUCCUGUUCUUCUUUUUUGUUAAUUAGUAUUAUGUUUUUUUAAUUUUAAGCACAUCUAGUAAAAUUUUAUGAAUCACACCAUAUCACAAUGGCAAAGAAAUCAGCUUACCAUACGAUAAAGAUUUUAGUGAUGUUAACCAUAACUAAAACCAGUGAAGUAUGGCAGAUACUGAAUCUAGAGAAAAAGGAACAAAAGAAACUGAUCUUCCUUCUUCCAUGACAUUUUUUAUAUGCUAAAUAGAGACAUUUUAAAAAUAACACGUAAAAAGUAUAUAUUAAUCGACGGUAACAUUACUCUUAGCAGUAGAUGUGAUAUUGGGUCUGAAAACCAGUGACAUUUUCAUUAUGGCAAUUUUGUGCUUACAGCUCAUAGUGUUGAUCAUGGAUUGGAUUGAAACGGAACCUUUAUGAAUUAUGACAGUUAUGUGUUUUGGCCCUUUCUAAUUCUUCCACCCGAAUAACUACAUAAAUAUGCAAGUAUAUGUACCAUCUUCUCUGAUAACUAACCUCGAUCUUCUAUUCUCAAAUUUGUACUCAUGAUAGCCAUAGUGAGAGAAAUGACAUCAGCAAUAACACAUAUGCUGACGCAACCAACUAUAUUUUGUGACAAUAGCCAAAUCCAAUAACCAAAUCUGGCUAAACAUAUUCUCU